AUGAGAAGGGAGAACCAGAGCAGUGUGUCCGAGUUCCUCCUCCUGGGGCUCCCCAUCCGGCCAGAGCAGCAGGGUGUGUUCUUCGUCCUGUUCCUGGGCAUGUACCUGACCACGGUGCUGGGGAACCUGCUCAUCAUCCUGCUCAUCAGGUUGGACCCUCGCCUCCACACCCCCAUGUACUUCUUCCUCAGCCAGUUGGCCUUCACUGACAUCUGUUUCUCAUCUGUCACUGUCCCUAAGAUGCUGAUAAACAUGCAUACUCAGGAUCAAUCCAUUCCCUAUGCAGGGUGUGUAACGCAGAUGUAUUUUUUCAUAUUUUUUGGCUGCAUUGAUAACCUGCUUCUCACAGUGAUGGCAUAUGACAGGUAUGUGGCCAUUUGUCACCCUUUACAUUACACCACCACCAUGAGGGAGGAGCUGUGCAUAUUUCUUUUGGCUGGAUCCUGGUUCCUCUCUUGUGCAAGUGCCCUGUCCCACACCAUCCUCCUGGCUCAACUGCUCUUCUGUGCUAACAAUACCAUCCCCCACUUCUUCUGUGACCUUGCUGCCCUGCUUAAACUCUCCUGCUCAGACACCUCCCUCAAUGAGAUUUUUAUCUUCAUUGUUGGGGGAUUAAUCAUUAUCCUUUCAUUUAUUGGGGUUCUAGUCUCUUAUGGCCGCAUUGGGGCCACCAUCCUGAGGUUUCCCUCAAUCAAGGGGAUAUAUAAAGCCUUGUCCACCUGUGGCUCCCACCUCUCUGUGGUAUUUCUCUUCUAUGGGACAAUCAUGGAUCUGUACUUUUUCCCAUCAUCGAGCAACUCCAAUGACAAAGACAUAAUUGCUUCAGUGAUGUACACAGUGGUCACUCCCAUGCUGAACCCCUUCAUCUAUAGCCUGAGGAACAGAGAUAUGAAAGGGGCCAUGGGGAAACUUCUCAGAAGGGAGAUUCUGUUCUCCAAGUGA